AUGGCAGAUUCCAGAGUUCAUAAUGAGUUUAAACUUACCACCGCUGAAGACAGUGAGAGGGUUGGUCCUGGUGAUGAUGUCACCCUCUCCUGUCACCUCUUCCCCAAGACCAGUGCUGUUGUCAUGACGAUCAGGUGGUUUAAGGGGACAGAGUGUAUUUACCUGUAUAAGAAUGGCCAGGUGACAGAGAGCAUUGGCUAUGAGGGCAGAGUGAGUCUGAUCACGCAGGAGCUGGAGACUGGCAACGUGUCUCUGAGGCUGAGAGACUUCAGGAGGUCAGAUGAUGGAUGGUACAUAUGUCAGGUCAUCCAUGGAGAUCAGAAGGAGGAGGCUGCAGUGGGUUUAGAGGUUGCUAGUGGAUCACGAUUGGACUUUGUGGAGCACUCCAAAGGGGACGAUAGAGGGGUGCUGGAGAGAAUGGAGGAGCUGUUUGGGGAGGGUUGUUGGGAACACACUGUGAUUCUAUUCACCCAUGCUGAUGACCUGAAAGAGCAGAGCAUUGAGGAGUUUCUCCAAGCAUUGAGUCAGGGACCUCCAGCAGCUUGUAGAGAAAUGUGGCAGUAG